UCUUUCUUGUUUACGGUGGCGGCUCACAGGUACGAAGGGGCGGCCCACUUCGCCCUCUUCGCUGCUGUCCUGGUCUGGCUUCUCACCCUGGCCCUCUUCGGGCUGAGCCUUCUGGGACGCUGGGCACUAGUGCCCUGGCUGGGCUCCCGCUGGCUCCUCACCAACCUGGUGCACGACCUGGUGCUGGGCGUGGGGCUCUAUGCGGCUGCCACCGGCAUCAUGGGCUACAAGGCCAAGCAGAAAAGCUACUGCAACCUGCCAGGCUACAGCCAGCACUGCCUGUACGGUGCCUACCUGAGCGCCUCUGUCUGCGGGGGCAUCACUGCCUGCCUGUACCUCUUCUCCGGGCUCUACUGCCUGUCACGGCGCUGCCGGGACCAGCGUGACAUCAUCUGA